GGCUUCUACAUAAAUAGACUGCCUUGUUCACGUCCAACUCGGUUUCAAAGUGCAAAAACAAACAAUCCCUUCAAAAUAACAAACACUUUAACCUCUCCUUUUAUAUUUCUUUUUGCAUCUUUCAUAUGCAUAUAUAAAGAUUACUUCUCUUUAAAGAGUUAUUUGUUCUUGUUCUUGGUGUUUGCGAGGGCAAGAAAUGGCUGGAAAUGAUUGGAUAAAUGGGUAUUUGGAGGCUAUUUUAGAUGUGGGAAGUAGUUUAAGGAAGAGAAAUGAUGGGAAGGUGAAGAUUGCCAAGUUUGAAGAGAGCAAAGAGAAAGAAGACAAAUUGUUUAAUCCCACUAAAUAUUUUGUGGAAGAAGUUGUUAAUAGUUUUGAUGAAUCCGAUCUUCAUAGGACUUGGGUCAAGGUGAUAGCAACAAGGAAUACUCGUGAACGUAGUAAUAGGCUUGAGAAUAUGUGCUGGCGAAUUUGGCAUCUCGCCCGGAAGAAGAAACAGAUAGCAUGGGAUGAUGCACAAAGGCUUGCAAGAAGACAGUUAGAACGAGAGCAAGGGCGUGAUGAUGCUGAAGAUGACCUUUCUGAACUUUCUGAGGGGGAAAAGGAGAAAGGCGAACCUGUGGAACACAUCAGCAGAAUAAAUUCUGAUAUAAAGAUAUGGUCUUAUGAUGAAAAACCUAGACAACUAUACAUUGUGCUCAUCAGCAUACACGGUUUGGUGCGUGGAGAAAAUAUGGAACUUGGAAGAGAUUCUGAUACUGGGGGUCAGGUAAAAUAUGUUGUUGAACUUGCUCGAGCUCUAGCCAAUACGAAAGGAGUUUAUCGUGUGGAUCUCUUGACAAGACAAAUAACCUCACCAGAGGUCAACUUCAGCUAUGGUGAUCCCAUUGAGAUGCUGUCAUGCCCACCAGACGGCAGCGGAAGUUCGGGAGCCUAUAUAAUCAGAAUUCCUUGUGGUCCUCGUGAAAAGUACAUACCAAAAGAAUCACUUUGGCCUCACAUACCUGAAUUUGUUGACGGAGCCUUAAGCCAUAUUGUCAACAUGGCUAGAGCUAUAGGCGAAGAGGUUAAUGGAGGGAAGCCAACUUGGCCAUAUGUGAUUCAUGGCCACUACGCUGAUGCCGGAGAGGUGGCAUCACACUUAUCUGGAGCUUUGAAUGUGCCAAUGGUGCUAACAGGACACUCACUAGGGAGGAACAAGUUUGAGCAAUUGCUUAAGCAAGGGAGACUUUCAAGGAAAGACAUAAAUGCAACAUAUAAGAUAAUGAGGAGGAUUGAGGCUGAAGAGUUAGGGUUGGAUGCAGCUGAAAUGGUGGUAACUAGCACAAAACAAGAAAUUGAAGAGCAGUGGGGAUUAUAUGAUGGAUUUGACCUCAAGUUGGAGAGAAAGCUUAGGGUUAGGAGACGCCGAGGAGUAAGUUGCCUUGGAAGAAACAUGCCAAGGAUGGUGGUUAUACCUCCAGGCAUGGAGUUCAGCUAUGUAAAAACAGAAGAUUCAUUGGAAGGUGAUCUCAAGUCAUUAAUUGGCUCCGACAGAACUCCAAACAAAAGGAAUCUGCCACCAAUAUGGUCUGAGAUAAUGCGGUUUUUCACAAAUCCUCAUAAACCUAUGAUACUCGCAUUGUCUCGUCCUGAUCCAAAGAAAAACAUUACCACAUUACUCAAAGCUUUUGGGGAGUGCCAGCGCCUCCGAGAGCUAGCCAACUUGGCACUAAUACUUGGUAAUAGAGAUGAUAUUGAAGAGAUGCAUAGCAGUAGCUCAGUUGUUCUUACAACUGUGCUGAAGCUCAUUGACAAGUAUGAUUUGUACGGUCAAGUUGCUUAUCCCAAGCACCACAAGCAAUCUGAAGUACCAGAUAUUUAUCGGCUGGCUGCAAAAACAAAGGGUGUCUUCAUUAAUCCAGCUCUAGUGGAACCAUUUGGUCUCACACUUAUAGAGGCAGCUGCUUAUUGUUUACCUAUUGUUGCUACCAAAAAUGGUGGACCUGUGGACAUUUUGAAGGCUCUCAACAAUGGCCUUCUUGUUGACCCUCAUGAUCAAAAAGCAAUAGCAGAUGCACUUCUGAAGCUAGUUGCUGACAAAAACCUCUGGGCAGAAUGCCAGAAAAAUGGCCUAAAGAAUAUUCACCGUUUUUCUUGGACAGAACACUGCCGUAACUAUCUCUCCCAUGUUGCACAUUGCAGAAACCGCGACCCAACAACCCGUCUUGAGAUCACACCAAUUCCUGAAGAACCAAUGAGUGAAUCUCUAAAGGAUGUGGAAGACUUAUCCUUGAGAUUUUCCAUAGAAGGAGAUCUCAAACUUAAUGGAGAGCUAGAUGCAGCAACUAGACAGAAGAAACUUAUUGAAGCUAUUACUCAAGCUGCUUCAACCAACGGUAAUACAAGUGCUACUUACAGUCCUGGUAGAAGACAGAUGCUAUUUGUUAUAGCAGCUGAUUGCUACAACAGUAAUGGAAAAAGCACAGAGACCUUUCAAGAAAUUAUUAAGAAUGUGAUGAAAGCUGCAGGUUUAUGCCUGGGUUUGGGAAGGAUAGGUUUUGUAUUAUUGACUGGCUCAUGUUUGCAAGAGACUUUAGAAGCAUUAAGAUGUUGCCCAGUGAAUAUAGAAGACUUUGAUGCAAUAAUAUGUAGCAGUGGAAGCGAGAUGUAUUAUCCAUGGAGGGAUAUGGUAGCUGAUUUGGACUAUGAAGCCCAUGUGGAGUACAGGUGGCCAGGUGAGAAUGUUAGAACAAUGGCGAUUAGGCUAGCUAAGGUGGAAGAUGGGGCUGAAGAUGAUCUUGUCGAGUAUGUUCAGGCAUGUGCUUCUAGGUGCUAUUCUUAUAUCAUCAAUCCAGGGUCCAAGACUCGAAAGGUCGAUGAGAUCCGUCAAAGGCUCCGGAUGAGAGGCUUUCGAUGCAACCCAGUCUACACGCAUGCAGCAUCAAGGUUAAAUGUGAUCCCAUUAUUUGCAUCAAGGAAACAAGCCCUAAGGUAUCUUUCAGUUAGGUGGGGAAUAGAUCUUUCAAAAAUAGUUGUCUUUGUUGGAGAAAGAGGGGAUACCGAUCAUGAAGAACUACUGGCCGGCCUCCAUAAGACAAUUAUUAUAAGAGGCUCUGUGGAGUAUGGAAGUGAGGAGCUUCUUCGCGGUGAAGAAAGUUUUAAAAGAGAAGAUAUAGUAUCCCAAGAGAGCACUAACUUAGCCUUCGUGGAGGAAAAUUAUGAAGUUCGUGAUAUCUCAACUGCUUUAGAGACUUUAGGGAUCAAGUAAUCCAUUUUCUUAAUAUAUUUAUGUUUUCUUUUUGUAAUGGUUAAUUGUUGCAUACACUUUUGUACGUAAUACAAAAGCAAAAGGUAUAGUUACUAAUAUACAUCUCUACCUAAAAUUCAA